AAUGGUAUCGGCCGGCACGCAGCCAAAUGGAAUGCCGUUCGUUGACCUGCGGGUAUCUCUCACUCGCCGUUGAAACCCCUGUGCGUGUUUGGCCGUGAAGCUACGGUUAACAGUCGCGAAUAGGUGGUUCCUAUUAAGGUUGGCCUGAAACCGAAUUAAAACCACUCACACAACUUGUGACGCGUGUUCCUGAGUCCCCGCGGCACGAUGGCCGGGCUGCUCAGACAUCUGCUACAGAACAUCAGACUUGUGUCCUCUUUUGGAAAGUCUCAUACUAAAGGCGCAUAUUCUCAGAAAAGACAUCUCGCCUCUACCACGACGACCCUUUACGAUUGGCGCGCCGCGGAUGAGUAUGUUGAGAUCAGCCAUGGAGAUGCGGUGAUGCAGUUUGACUAUGUCUGGCUGCGGGAUACAUGUCGCUCUGCCGCCUCUUACAACCCCAAGACCAGCCAGAGAAUCCUCGACACAGCAAGUAUUGAUUUGAACAUCCGUCCUGCACAAACCAAGGUAACGGACGGGCACCUCUCACUCACAUGGCCAGACGGUCACGUGACCUCCUACAGUCUGAGCUGGUUGGCCGAGCACAGCUACCAGGUCAAAACGAGGACGGUGCUGCAGAACCGCGUGUUGUGGAACCGCGACACCUAUGACGCGGCGCAGGUGCCGUCCGCGCGCUGGGAAGAGUUCAUGAGCAGCGAGGCGGAACUCAGGAGCUUCGUGCAGAACUUUCUCCUCUACGGGAUUGCCUUCGUGGACGGCGUGCCGGCCAGCGUGGAGGCCACGGAGGCGGUGUCUGAGAGAGUCAGCAUCAUCAGGGAGACCCUGUACGGGAGGAUGUGGAGCUUCACCUCUGACCUAUCCCGGGGAGACACCGCCUACACCACCCAGGCGCUGGACAGACACACGGACACCACCUACCUCCACGAGCCCUGUGGGGUGCAGGUGUUCCACUGCCUGCAGCAUGACGGGACGGGGGGCCGCACGCUGCUGGUGGACGGGUUCCACGCGGCCCACAAGGUUCUGGAGGAGUCCCCGGAGAGCUUCCAGGUGCUCUGCCGGGUGCCCAUCAGGCACGAGAACAUCGAGGCCGAGGGGGGCCACCGGAACCACCUGGUGGGCACGGGGCCGGUGCUCAGCGCUCACCCCUGGAACCGGGAGCUCUACAUGAUCAGGUACAACAACUACGACCGCGCGCCGAUCGACACGGCGCCCCCGGAGGAGGUCCGGCGCUGGUACGCGGCUCACCGCCUGCUGACCGCCCGGCUUCGGGACCCCGGGAACGAGCUCUGGGUCAAGCUGACGCCCGGGAGGGUGGUGUUCAUUGAUAACUGGUGUUUGUUGGUUCCUCAGGUGGUGUUCAUUGAUAACUGGUGUUUGUUGGUUCCUCAGGUGGUGUUCAUUGAUUACUGGUGUUUGUUGGUUCCUCAGGUGGUGUUCAUUGAUAACUGGCGCGUUCUGCACGGUAGGGAUUCCUUCACGGGCCUCCGGCGGGUGUGCGGCUGCUACCUGCCCCGCGACGACCUGCUCAGCACGGCCCGCGCCCUGGGCCUGCUCGCCUGACGGGGGGCCCUCACCUGCGACCCCCGCUGCACCCACAACCACACCAUACACCACCCACAACCACACCCUAGUCCACACCAUACACCACCCACAACCACACCCUAGUCCACACCAUACACCACCCACUGCACCCACAACCACACUAGUCCCCACCACAC